CUCGCCCCCAUGAUGGGCUCGGUGCUGCCCGCCGAGGCCCUGGUCCUCAAGCCUGGGCUGAAGCCGCAGGGGCUCUCGCUGGCCGAGGUGAUCACCUCCGACAUCCUGCACAGCUUCCUCUACGGCCGCUGGAGAAACGUCCUGGGCGAGCAGCUCUUCGAGGAGAAGAGCAGCCCCAAGACCGCCUUCACGGCCGAAGUCCUGGCUCAGUCCUUCUCCGGAGAGGUGCAGAAGCUCUCCAGCCUGGUGCUGCCGUCGGAAGUGAUCAUCGCCCAGAGCUCCAUCCCCGGAGAAGGGCUCGGCAUCUUCUCCAAGACUUGGAUCAAGGCUGGCACCGAGAUGGGGCCGUUCACGGGCAGGGUCAUCUCCCCCGAACAUGUGGACCUGUGCAAGAACAACAACCUCAUGUGGGAGGUGUUCAAUGAGGACGGCACAGUGCGGUAUUUCAUCGACGCCAGCCAGGAGGAUCACCGCAGCUGGAUGACCUACAUCAAAUGUGCACGGAAUGAGCAGGAGCAGAACCUCGAGGUGGUCCAGAUUGGGAACAGCAUCUUCUACAAGGCCAUUGAGAUGAUUCCUCCAGACCAAGAGCUGUUGGUCUGGUAUGGGAACUCCCAUAACACCUUCCUGGGCAUUCCAGGUGUGCCAGGGCUGGAAGAGGAGCAGAAGAAGAACAAACAUGAGGAUUUCCACGCGGUGGAGACGGGGGCCAGCACAACGGGCCGCAUGCGCUGCGUCAUCUGCCACCGCGGCUUCAACUCCCGCAGCAACCUGCGCUCCCACAUGCGCAUCCACACCCUGGACAAGCCCUUCGUGUGUCGCUUCUGCAACCGCCGCUUCAGCCAGUCCUCUACCCUCCGCAACCACGUCCGCUUGCACACGGGCGAGAGGCCCUACAAGUGCCAGGUUUGCCAAAGUGCCUAUUCCCAGCUCGCAGGGCUGCGGGCGCACCAGAAAAGCGCCCGCCACCGGCCCCCCAACGCCUCCCUGCAGGCCCACUCGCCCGCCCUGCCCGUGCCCCACCCUGCCUCGCUGGCCCAUCACAUCCCCACCAUGGUGCUGUGAAGUCCCGGUGCGGCAGCAGGAUUUGGGACUGAUGCAAAGACUGAUGCUGAGACAUGCAAUGAACUUGGGGGGUGGCCCUUGGCUGAGCUGCUUUGUGUCUCGGAGGAGUGUUGGGUUGUUUUUGGGCAUCGCUGACUUAGAGGGUUUGGCAGGAGGGGAACCCCCAGCUCUUCAGCUGAGUUGUGUGGGGUCAUCCCCAGGGAGAUGUGGCACAGGGUGGGCUGGUGGCCCCUGGGGUUGGCAGAGGAGAAGGGAUGCAGUGGGAUGUCCUGUCUGAGUUUGCCAGUCGACUGGGGGAGCUGAAAAGCUGGGCCUGGAUCAGUCAUGGCUGGGUUUUACAGAUGAUUUGGUAGAAAGAAAAAUUCCUCUUAUCCAUCCUCCUCUGCUCUAGCAGAUAUGUGCGCUAUGGAAAGGUUGGCACAGCCCUGAUGCGACCACCCCAGUCAUACCUGUUUGCCCCAGGAGUGGCUUUGGCCCCGGUGCCUCCUUCUAAGGGACACCUUUCCCUCCUUGGGAGACCUGAGUUGGUGAACAUUUGCAUUUUCCAGCACCUGAGCCCCCUCUGCCCACCCUGCCUCAGCCCAAGCCCGGUACUGGGUCUGUCACUGCUCCAAGUGAUGCUGUGAGCAGAGGGGACGAGCCAUGUGCCAUGGGGACACUGUGCCAGCUGGGAAUGCCCAUCCACAGGCAGGUUGUGCGGGGAGCCUGAGCUCUGCCGGGCUGUGCCUGUUCCAGCCCUGGCAGCUCUUCUCCCCAUCCCUUUCCCAGCUGUGAAGGAACAUUUUGGUUGGAACUGCUGCUGCCCUCUGGGGACAGAGAAAACCUGUCCCCGGGCCAGCUCUGUCCCCAAGGACAACUCUAAGCGCCCUCUGGAGUCGCCACACUGCAGAGGAGGGCUGUGUAUCAUAAAUCUUAAAAGAAGGUAUUCUAAUAUUAAUUAUAAGUCUGAGAUGUAUAAAGUUCUCACAAACCGUGUUUCACUUCCAGAAGAAAAUAAACAAAAACAGAAGAAAAGAAAAAAAACCUGUCACUUUAACUUUGUAAAUAUUUAUGUAAACAUUAUUUACAAGACUUUGAUAUUAUAUAUUAUUUGAUUGUAUAUGUACACAGUGUAAAUACAUUUGUACCUCUCUUGUAUUCUAAAUAAAAAUUACUUGGAACAUUUAUCAUUUAGAAGA